CAUUAGAAGGAGCUGGAAAAUUUUUUAUCUGCGCAGUUUUUUCGCGGUCUUCGUAUUUUUUCCUACUCAUAUAAGCACUCGUUCGUCUACCAUCGCUGUUUCAUAUCUAAAAAAAAAAAGUGGAAGAAAAUCGCGAAUAUUUUCUCCAGUGAUAUAAAAAAAAGGAGGGAAUUUUUGUUGUGACCGUUGGAAGAAAAGAGUUGGGCCAGUAUGUCGAAACACACAGCGGCAGUCAUUUGCACUUUGGUGCUGACGGUUCUAGCUGUCACUUGCAUUCAAGAGUCGUCGACUUCGCAACCAACAGAACCCGGCUCGAACGCCCGGGUUUGCUGGGACGGGAGAGGAAAGUUCCAGAGCGCGGACAAGUACCCGGAUUGCCCCAUGAGCCGUGAAUUCUUGCCAGUUUGCGGCACCGACGGACUCUGCUACCCGAACGGAAAGGCUCUCAAGUGCACCAACAAACACCUCUCGAGUACCGGACAGACGACUGAAUACGGGAAAAACCUGCAGAAGCUAAGAAGUGUGAACCCGUUCGAAAUGGCUGCUGGUGAUCCGAUUCUACGCCGCAAUACUCCAGGGACACCUAACGCCGUAAGAUCUACAUCUUUUUGCGGCGAACAGCUGGGCAUGCACUUUCAAAGUGUAUGUGGUAUAAUUUUUUCUUCGCAGGAUUGGUGUCGGUGGCCUCACAAGGCGUACGAAGAUUUGGAAAGUACUCUUGCAGUUCAAGAGUUCAUUCAGCAGACAAUUAGGGAAGAUCCGUCUAAUAUUGAUCUUAUCCUCACCGCACCCGAGAACGUCGACGAAGGCGUUUGGAAAUAUGAGCACCUAAGGCAGUUUUGCAUGGAACUCAACGGCCUCACUGUAAGGCUUCAAGAUGACUGCACACCGCAAACCUGUAAUCAAAUGACUGCAACUGAGCAGUGGAUCUUUCUUUGUGCCGCUCACAAAACCCCAAAAGAAUGCCCCGCUAUCGAUUAUACACGCCAUACAUUGGAUGGCGCGGCGUGUUUACUUAACAGCAAUAAAUAUUUCCCGAGCCGCAUAAGCAUUAAGGAAUCAUCUGUUUCCAAGUUGGGAUCCGUGUGCAGAAGGGUAUACCGCAUCUUUUCUCACGCGUAUUUUCAUCAUAGAACCAUUUUCGAUGACUACGAGGCACAAACUCAUCUGUGCAAGAGAUUCACUCUGUAUGUUACUCGUUAUUGCCUGAUGUCGAAGGACAACCUGAUAGUUCCAAUUCUGGAGAAUGCUGCGUCGGAUUUAGGCGGUGAAUCCGCUGCUUGAUUUUCUUGGUGUUCAAGUUUGUGGAUGACUGUUGCCUCAUCGCUGUUUCAAGCUAGGCUCUUUCACAUUAAUAACAAGUUCUCUUAUUCGGGUUCUGCACCGAGUUCUUUAUUCUGCUUCUUCAUAAUGACCUGGAUUAAACUUCAAUUGCUAAUCCUUCGCGCAUUAUACGGAAAUUUUAUCGAAUAAGCAUGACGGGACUCUCUUUUUCCGUAUUUUAGACUUUUUUUUUCCUGCAUGCUUUUUAUUGAAGUUAUAGGCUGAAAACAAACCCAAUAAAACCAGCUUUUCCGUCCCUUAUUUUGAAACUGGAUUAACUAUUCUCAAAUGGAUGCUUAGCUUUUGGUUUUGCAGUAUUUUAGGAUUGUGUGGCUUCUCGAUGAACUCACGCUAACUUAAUCUUGUGGUCUUGUGAUGUUUGGAUGUCGAUCUCUUGAAUGAAAGAAAGCUGCCUUUUGAA